CUUGCGAUCCAAAGAUGCCUAAAUUCAUUGUUAACACAAAUAUAAGCAAGGAUAAAGUUCCUGAGUCUUUCACGGGGGAGCUCACCCAGCAGUUAUCAAAAGCAAUGGGCAAACCAGCACAGUAUCUAGCAAUACAGAUCUCUCCUGAUCAGCUGAUGUCCUUUGGUGGCUCCACAGACCCUUGUGCUAUGUGCUUUCUCUACAGCAUUGGCAAGAUAGGGGAGCAGGAGAACAAGGUCUACUCCAAAAUGCUUUGUGACCUGCUGAACAAACAGCUGAAAAUACCAUUUGACAGAAUCUAUGUCAGCUUCUUCGACAUCAGUGCUGGCAACGUAGGCUGGAACAACACUACCUUUGCUUGAGGUGUCCUUGGGUAGUAACAGCUUAUUCCUGAACCCUCACUAUGGUUUUUGAGCACUGCAGUUCUAGUCAUGUUAACGGUAUCUGGCACAAACGCAAAAAGCAGCGGUACCUUAGUUGCUACUACCCGCUGCUGUUUUAACAUC